AUUUGCCCCUCCUGUCAUCUGUUUCACAGCCGUGAUGGCGAGCGCAAGUUGUUUGUGUUGCAGUCUGCUGUGCUGUGCACAGCGUUAAGUUUGGACAGUUGCCGCAAUCUCGAUAAAAUUGCUGCAGAGUUUCAUCAAAUUUGGGGUUAUUUUUAUGCCUUGUUGUCAUUGCGUGACCAUACAAACGAAAAAUGGCAAAGCCACAAAAUAUUAAAGUUGUUGCUGUUACUGCUGUCAGUUCAUUAGGUUCGGAUUGGGACCCUAUUACAAAUACAGAUUGGCAGAAGGAGACGCCGUCAGCACAAUGUCUUCUGAGGAUUAAAAGGGACAUGAUGUCGAUCUACAAUGAACCACCGCCCGGUCUGUUUGUCGUUCCUGACGAGAAGGACAUCACUGUGAUCCACGCGCUUAUCACGGGUUCGUUUGACACCCCUUACGAGGGUGGCUUCUUCUACUUCCUCGUGCGAUGCCCUCCAGACUACCCUAUACGACCACCACGUGUCAAGCUCAUGACGACUGGAGGAGGCACUGUCAGGUUUAACCCAAACCUGUACAAGAAUGGGAAGAUAUGCCUCAGUAUUCUUGGGACAUGGACUGGCCCCUGCUGGAGUCCAGCCCAGAGUUUGGCAUCCGUCUUGAUAUCGAUUCAGAGCCUACUCAAUGAGAAGCCGUACCACAAUGAACCAGGAUUUGAGCGGGAACGAUGCUCCGGUGAUGCUAGUCGGUAUAAUGACAUAAUACAUCACGAGACCCUGAGGGUUGCCGUCUGUGGAAUGCUGGAAAAUGAGACUAUGCUUGCCAUUCCAGAAACACUAAUGGAGGUUAUGGAGAAAACAUUCUUGGAGUUUUACGACUAUUACGAGCAGUCUAUUCGACGUAAAAUGCAUCUUAAUGGUCACUACAUGCAGGAUCCUUUUGGUGAAGAGCGAGGCAUUUUUCAGUACCAAAUUAUACUGGCACGCAUCAAGGCCCUACACACAAAAUUGUCUGAAAAGUAUGCCUCUACUAGCUCGAGCUCCAUCCCUACACUGUUCUCGACAGCACGAACAGCUUGCUCCGCUGGCAGCGAGACGGCCACCACUCCCGGAAACCUCAGCGAUGAUGAUUUUCUCCUGUCUUCUCCUCCUUCUCCGUCGUCGACGUCGGACGACACUUCCAGUGAGACUUCUGUCGGGGCGGAAGAGAACGCGAAGGGAAACGACGGAGCUGGCGAACCCAAUACAUCUUCGGAGCUGGUGAUGUCUGGAGAUGAGGCAUCGGCAGUCGGUGUCAAGAACAGUGAGAGCUGAUGUGCGGGUGGGACGGGUGAAUCGGGUGUUGCCAUUUGCCGGCUGUGAAACCUCAGUGUUGUAACCACUGGUGGAGACUUUCAUGAACUUAGUGUAAAUUUGUGAUCGGUGUGUAUGUUGAAUGUCUAUUGUAUAUUAAAUUUCAUAAAAAGAUAACAUAUAAAUCAUACUGUUAUAAAGAAAAUUAUAUUAAAACUGACACACUUAACUUGUCUGAGGGCCCAACCCUUCCCAAGAGAAUGUCUUUUCAGUGAUUUUAAUAUUAGAUAUGCAUUUGACAUUGUGUAUUUUUUGUUAUAUACAAGUUAAAAUUGGUAGAUACUUUAUUUUCUCUAUGUGCACCAAAUUUCCUGAAUGUGUCUAAUGCUUCAUCUGUUUGCAAUUCAAUGUGAAUAAUGUGAUUUCAGUCUGUUUGAUGUAUUAGUUGAUGACAUUUCUGUUAAAUGGUUAACAUUUUACACUAAACUCUUGCCAGGUUUUUUAAUGCCUUAAUGUGGCUAACCAGCUGAGUGUUGGUGCACUAUUCCUCCCCUCCCCUCCCCUCCCCUCUCGUGUCAUUCCACUUAGUGGGUCAAUAAACUAGUUGUAAGCAGGGGAUGUUUAUCAAAAAACAGCUUAUCAGGCUAUAUUUUAGUGGCCAAUUACUAUUGCCUAAGAUAUGAUUUUAUUUUUUAUUCAACAAUUUACUAGCAUUUCCAUUUGACUUUCACCCUCCUUUACUGUUCAUUGAAUGAAAAUGUCAACUUCUGUCCUCAUCUAUUUCAUGGAGCAGUUUUGACUCUCAUGCAAGCACUUAACUGCACAAUUUUUACUGGUCAAGGAGACCAAUGUGUUGAACUGAAAGUGUGGAAAAUGAAAAGUUUUUGAUUAAAUAUUUACAUUGUGAGGAAAUAUAGUUGUAGCUUUGCCGUCAUCCUCAGGUAAUGUAGUUGAGUGAUCAGGUAUUACUCUUCAAGUUCUAUUUACUUAAUGAUGUAAAUAUAGACUGGCACAAUUAAUGCUACAACAUUUUCCUAUUUAGUUUGGAAAUGUUACCACACGUAUGUAGAUCUUGGCUUUGAAUUCUGAGGAGCAGUGAGGCUAGAUACAAAAUGAAAUUUGGUACAAAGUUUGACGUAGUGGAUGUAAAAAGUGUAUCUUUGUCUAGUAUUUGAAUAAGUGUGAUAUGAUGGUGCAAACAUCCUAAAAUAUAUAUUCAGGGUAUUUAAACAUGGGCUCAAUUCUUCUUAACUAAAGACAGGCUUGCUUAAAAUUUUGAACUUCAAACUAUCAACAAAAAUUUCCACCAGGUAGUGUGUUUUUGAUAGAUGUACGAUAAAAUAUGUCAGUAUCUUUUUCAGAAUAAUAAUGUCAUGUUGAGUCAUAAAAUUGAUUCCUUUGUAGCUUUUAGAAAAGACUGUUUCCAUAAAUAAUUUGUUUGUAAUUUAGAUCAGUUUUUGUGAUUCACGUAUUUUAUUUACUGAACUGAGAACAAAAACUCGGACAUUGCUCAUAUGCCGUGGCUAUUUAAUGCCUGAUGGUGUUCGUUGCUAAAAUAGAUUUUUACUGCUAAUGCAAUCUUUGUGUAUAAAAUUUGUUUGCUAAGGUCGUAUUUGGACCUGUCUGACGUGUCGUGUAAUUUAAGUAAAUUUCCAUUUUAGGGCACUGCAUCAUCACAGCAGUAUAUUGGCAGUUGCAUAUGGUGAUUUUUGGGAAGAGCAGUACUGGUGUUGAGUGAGGGUUCUUUACCAGUCAGAUGCAUACAAAAUUUCACAGUUAACAAGAUUUUUUUUUUUUUUUUUUUUUUCCACAAAUGGAUGGUCUUAUAAUUGCGACUGCUUGCAUGUUAUUCAGUGUUUAGCUUCAAAUGUCGAUAGAAUGUGGGAAGCUCCAGUAAUGAUUGAUGGUAUUAUCUGUGAUUUCUGUGUCCUACUUAGGACAUUACACCAUUGUGAAAGAUUCAAGUAAUGGCUCCAUUUGCAUAGUUCAUUUAAUAAUGUGGCAAACUAAAUGGUGUGUGCUGUUAUUGGACUGUACAACUUGAGCUGUUACUUAAUUCUGCCAUUAAAUGUUCCACCUGAAGUAUUCUGUCCAGAUGUGUAAUUUACAUUUUGGAUGAGACUUUUUUAUGCAAAAAAUUGAAUAUCACACUUGGUGGGGACAAAUGUAAGUUCCCUUCCAUAAUAGCAAUAAAGUUUCUUGUAUAGUGAAA